AUGGAUCCUUGCCACUUCGUGCGUCUCAUGGUAGAUUCUCUCGCUCUAAGCCUUCCCUCCGCCACCAAACCCCCACCAAUCUCCGGCGUCCACCCUUCCACCACCCCAUGCUUCUGCAAAAUCCGCAUCACCAACUUCCCCUCCCAAACCGCUCUUCUCCCUCUCUCCCCCUCUUCCUCUUCCACCCCCGACGCCGUCACCUCCGCCCCCGGUUUCCAUCUCGACUCCGCCGCCCUCCGCCGCCCCCUCUCACUCCGCCUCGCCGUAUACUCCGGCAGCACCGCCCGCGCCUGCGGCGUAUCCGCCGCCAAGCUCCUCGGCCGCCUCACUCUCACUCUCGACCUGGCCGCCGCGCGGGACCGCCCCACCACCUUUCAGAGCGGCUGGCUCAGUCUUCGGAGGAUCAAAACCGGUUCCGAACCGAACCGAAAGCCCUCGGCUCGGCUCCACAUUGUGGUCCGGUCUGAACCGGAUCCUCGGUUCGUGUUUCAGUUCGGGGGCGAACCGGAAUGUAGCCCGGUGGUUUUCCAGAUUCAGGAGAAUAAUAUCAGACAGCCUGUCUUCAGUUGUAAGUUCAGCGCAGAUCGUAACUCAAGAUCGAGGCCUCUACCCUCAGAUUUUGGGAACAACCCCAGUAGAUGGAGGAGAACCUUGAAGGGUGUUAGAGAGCGUCAUGGGAGAGAGAGAAAGGGUUGGAUGAUAAUGAUCCAUGAUCUGUCUGGCUCACCCGUUGCUGCUGCCUCCAUGAUCACCCCAUUUGUCCCUUCUCCUGGUUCAGAUAGAGUCUCAAGAUCAAACCCAGGUGCAUGGCUGAUUCUGCGCCCCAAUGGAGCCUCCGUGAGUAGCUGGAAGCCAUGGGGUCGUCUAGAAGCAUGGCGAGAGAGAGGUCCCGUUGAUGGCUUGGGAUACAAGUUUGAGCUUGUCGCUGAGAAUGGACCUGUCAAUGGCAUACCUAUUGCUGAGGCCACAAUGAAUGUGAAAAAGGGUGGCCAAUUCUGCAUUGACUACAAAGUGAUGAGGGAUUCUGGGUUGAGUUCGAGGUUACCAGGAAAAGGGUUUGUGAUGGGUUCAACUGUGGAGGGUGAAGGCAAAGUUAGCAAACCUGUGGUGCAAGUUGGGGCACAGCAUGUGACAUGCAUGGCUGAUGCUGCUUUGUUCAUUGCACUCUCUGCUGCCAUUGAUCUUAGCAUGGAUGCAUGCCAGCUCUUUUCUCAUAAACUGAGGAAAGAGCUUUGCCAUGAAGAACAGGUUUCCUUUCCCUAG